GGGACUUCCGGAAGAAUGAGACUUCCGGAAGAAGGUUCCUUUCCCCCACCCACUUCGGAAAGCGCGGGAAAGGCGAACCCAUUUGAAAGCCGAGGGGGCGGGACUUCCGGCGAAGGGGUUGGUUGGCUUUCUCCUGCCAUGGUGCAGCUGGUGGUCGCCUCCAGGGCGGAGGGGGACGCAAGCCUUCCAGAGUGGGUCCUGAUGGAGCUGCAAGGGGAGCUGGAGGCCCGCUCCGGGGCAGGGCUGGAGGCAAAGCUCCUGGGGGACCUCCACUACACCAAGGAGGGCACUCCUGUGCUCAUUGUGGGGCACCACAUCCUCUAUGGGAAAGUUGUCCGCCUGGAGAAGCCCUUUGCCGUCCUAACAAAGCCGGGCGAAGCAAGCGGCUAUUCAGUGACCGCCCUCAUCAAGAAGAAGCUCCUCUUCAAAACCAGGCCGAAGCCCAUCAUCACCAACAUGGCCAAGAAGGCCUGAAGUGGCACGUUCCUGCUACGGACAGAGUCCCCGAACUAAGGAACACAAAGGAAUGGACCCUCUCGUUUGCCACCCUCCGUCUCCGGAUGAAGUUGGGAGGAAACAAACUCCAAACGAAGCCAUCUUAUUUCCAAGGACUUUUAUUAACUGUAACAAAGGCAUUUGUCGUAAAAAACCAAACGGACCCAAACCUUGACCUCCCUUUAAAAAAAGUACAAAAUGAACACAGGUUAAAAAAUAAAUACGUUUGUACAAAUCGC